AUGAGUUAUUUAAUGACUAUUUUUGCAAAUAAAUAUAUUCAUGGUGAAGACGAAAAAAAUAUCGGUUACAGUAUAUACAAAAAAAACGUAACUAUUGAUAAGUUAGCAGAAGACUCAAUUUUUCAAGUCGAAAGUAAUACUUGCAUCGACCAAUGCUAUGGAAACUUGGACAAUACUAUAAAUUUAGAAGGAGUUCAUUUAUACCUAUCAACAACGCAGGAUAAGUUAUGUAAAAAAUUAGAAACAGAUGAUAUUGAAAAUCAUGAUACAUCGUUUAUUUAUGAUCUAGAUCCAGAGUCUUCUAGCGGAUCACCUGAAGAUGAGUUAAUUAAUUCUAUUGUAGGAAUUUUAAAAGAAAAAAUGUUUGAUAUAAUAGCCAAAGAUAUUAAAAUAGUUAUUUCGAUAUAUCCCAGUAAUAGCCCUACAGAACAACCAUUAAAAGUUAUUGUUGAAACAAAGUCUAUUCAGUUGUCUCGUGAUAAUAAAAAGUCUAUUCAAUCGUGUCCUGAAAAAGAAACUUCUUUCACAAUUAAAAUGGAUGAAAUUCGUCUUUCUUUUCAAGAACAGGACAAGCAUCCAAUUAAUGUUUUAUUUAUUGGGUCUAAAAAGGAAGAGUGUAUCUCGUUAAAGGGUAUAUGUGAUUAUCUCAUCAACUUCAUCACAGGAAAUAAAAGUAAAGGACCUGUAAGUAUUUCUUGUGACGAAGUUUCGGUCUUUAUUAGCAAAGAAAUGGUUGAGUUUUGUCAGAAGUUCAUAUAUAAAAAUCAAUACCUUGUGGUCAACCUCCUUACCAGACAACUGGAAUCUUUAACACAACCUACAACAGAACUAACAGAAAUAGUUGAAACUGUUUCAGACAGUGAUGAAAAACCAUCUGGUGGAUUUUUUUCAUCUUUUGGAAGUUUUCUAGCUGGGGCAGUUAAUUAUGUACUUCCUUCAGUUGAUGAACAAAGUGAGUGUGAGAAAAGAACUAAAGAAGAGGUCAUGAAGAAUAAGAAAAAAAAUAACACAGCUGACCAGUCAUCCAUUGUUGAUUUGAAAACACAAUCUUCUGUUCCAAUUAAGUUCUAUAUUGGAGAAGUAGAAAAUGGGAUUUGUGUUGAGAUGAAUGUUUCAUGCUUGUCAACAGCAGAUAAACAAUAUGAAAUAAAAACAAUAAAAAGUACUAUUGGAGGAAAGAAUUUUUUGGAGAUUGAAAAUAAAGAUGGAGACAUUAUGAUGACACGAAAACAUAACAAUGAAUUUAACAUCGAUGCAAAAGGGAUGGUCAAAUUAACACUUGAUACUAUGAAUAUUGAAAAGGUUAAACAACAAAUCUUUUCAAUAAUGGAUGAGUUGGGGAAGUUUUUAUCUGUAUUUAUGAGUAUUAGCAAUAAGAUUCCAAAAGAUGAACAAGAAAGUGUUGAAGAUCAACCAGAGACACCUGACCAGCAACCAAUUCAUAUCUGUAUUAGAUUGAAUCAAAUUGAAUUGAUAUGCUGUGAUGGAGAGAACAAAUUUGAAAUGAAAGUUAAAAUAACAGAAAAUGAUGAACAACCAUUAAUUGAAAUCACAUCAGCUCAACAAACAAAAAUCACAGUUAAAGCGGAGAGAUUAGAAAUGGAAAUAGGAGAAAAGAAAAGUAUAAUUAAAGACAUUGACAUUACUAUCCAAGAAGGAAAACUAAAAGAAGAAAAUAUUGGAAUAAUGCAACCAUUAUUCAUUAAAGGAAAUGAUUCAAUGAAGUUUGGUGAUGUCACUCGAGUUGAUGAGAUUCCAAAAGUAGAAAAUGGAUUUGUUCAAAUAAAUCAAGAACAAAUGAAUGAAUUAAAAAAGUUAUUUGAAAUGAGUGAGAGUUGUAUUAAUUUCAAUGUCCAAAGCAUUAGUCUUGAUAUAGAAACAAAAGAACUUGUUACCCUAACUAAAGUUAAAGAUUGUAUAACUGGAUUUGUAAUAGAGUGUUGUCAGAAAAUGUCAGGUCAUAUAAACCAAGAAAGUAGUAAUAAAAAAAGUAAAGAAAUAAGCAUUGUUCAAGAAUUAGACAUUGUGUAUGAAAAUGGAUGUGAUUUUGAUAAAAUGAUCAAAAUAAUUCAAGAAGGAAAAAAACCAGUGAGAGAUACAUACAUUUAUGGUACUAUUGAUUGUAUUCAAAUUAUACUAAGAAAUGAUACUGAGUUAAUGGAAAUGACAAUGAAAAGUGUUGAAAUGAUUAACCCACAAAAUAUCUUUGGAUUGGGACUGGCUCUUACUUAUUAUCAAGUUGAAGAAAUAGAAAUUAAGAUGAAUUACAUACAACGAGGGUGGAUAGAUAAAAUUGAAAAACAACAACAAACAACAAUAAUGAAUGGGAGAAAUUGUUCUUUUACUUUUAUUAAUCAUGAAACGAAGAAUACAGAAUUUGAAGAAAUUGUUCAUUACUUUAAACCAAGAAAUAUGAACAAGGCAUCAAUCUACCAAUUCUCAUUUAUCAGAAUGACAAGUGGUUAUUCAUUUGAAGAGUUCUUCAAAUUAUUUUCAUUAUUAAUGUCAAUGACAUAUUCUUCAUCUUCAGAACCACAAAAUAGUGAUGACAAUUCAAAGGACAAUACCACAGAAGAUUAUUCACAUUCGUUUUUUACUAUUAAUAACUCUCGAUUAUUGGUUGAACAAAUUAAAGAUGUACCACUUAAUAACACUAUUCCAAUAGCACUCAAAACAACUAAUUUAUGCGGACAUUACAUUUCAUAUCAAAAUGAAAUGAUUGGACAAAUUCAAAGUAAGAUAGAAUUAAAUGAAAUAGAAAUGGGAUUAACAUGUAAUUUUAAAUAUGGAAAAAGAACAGAGAUAUAUAUUCCAUCACUUCACAUUAAUGGAACACUAAAAAUACAAGAAGUAUCUCCAUUGAUUAAUACAGUUAUGAUGAUUAUAACAUUUAUCAAUCCAUAUCAACAACCAACAGAAAUUACUAAGGAUAAUAUACCACAACAAAUUAGUAAGACAUGGGAAGAAUGGUAUGAAAAGGAGUUAAUUCCUUUAGCUCGAAUAGAACGAAAAUACGAUUAUGAUAGUAUUAAUAAAAUGGUCAAUAAAAAGAAAAAAGGAAUUAAACUUGUUGAUGAAACAUACCUUUUAUUAGGAAAUGACAUCAACUCAUCAGAUAAAAAUACAUCACAAUAUGACACUACUAUUAUUCGUGACACAAAUGAAGUGUCUUUUAAAAAAGAAAAUGAAUCAUUUUUAAACAAUUACAGGAAUGAACCAAUUGAAAAUACUCAAGGAAAAGAAGAAACUAAUACCAAUCAAAAACCAUUUAGUAUUGAAAUAAAAUUUAUUACUAUUCAACUCAAAUUAACCAUGGAAAAAGAAGAUUUUCUCAGUAUUGGAUUUGAAAUGAUGAAAAUGAAUGUUGUGAUGGAUGAUAAUGGUGCAACAGAUGUAUAUUGCAAUUUAUCUAAAAUUCUUAUUCAUUCAAAUAAAGAAAAAGAACCUAUUUUUGAAUUAGAUACCAAAAAAUCUACACUUCAAAUUGCCUUUAAAACUAUUGUUCCGAAAAGAUUGGAUGGAGCUAAAGAUGAGAUGGGAUGUUCAAUUGGUCUUUAUAAUAAUGGAUGUAAAUUAAAUAUUCGGUUAAGUCUCAAAGUGCUCAAACAACUUUAUUCAAUGGUUAAGUCAUGUUCAACUGAAAACACUCCUCCUCCAAAAUUUGUUCAAGAAAUUACACCACCUCCUAUGCUCAUCAAUUUGAGCUUCCUUGAAAUCCAACCAAUUAUAGGUGAUUUUAAAAUAGAAGGAAGAAUUGACUUAUUAAAAAAUACUUUCUCUGUGCCUUCAACCCUUUUAAAGAUAGAAAAUGUUUGUGGAGAUAUUAGCUCAUUAUUAAAUGGUAUUUCAAUGAGUAUUGAAGAUAAGGCGAUGAAAGAACUUUAUCCAUUGUUUUUGUGGAUUUUGUCUGGAUUGUUCCCACAAAUCACAAAUGUUUCUAGUGUGAAGUCAUUUAUUUCAUCACUUCUAAAGUCAUUUUCUAAAUAA